GGCUAUCCUACACGGUGAUAGUUAGAGAUCCCAAGUGGACGGAUUACUAUAUAAACCGUUGCGCUAUCUAUCCGGGAUGACCUUCUAGAAAAGAAAGGAGACAGAGUGUUUCCUCCCGGUCUAUUCUCACCUCGUCACUUUGGUGUCGGGCUCUUCCCUCUGUUGACACUCAUCAUGAACGAUAAUCCGAGCAACGAAAAGGCGCUGCCUGAAGAGCCGCCCGUCGUCUUCCAAAACAACGAGCUCGCUCAGCAAUACGGUGGUGGACAUGCCGGCGGGUGGGUUGGGCGUCUGCCCUCGUCCUGGGUUCCCUAUGUGCAGCUGGCACGGCUAAGUCCUCCCGCGGCCCUCUUCCUCAUCUAUUUCCCGCACUUCUUCGGCGUCCUCCUCGCCGCCAUCAUCCAGAAGUCGCCCCUGUCCCAGGUCCUACGCGCGAGCCUCGUCAUGCUUGGGGGGAGCUUCUUUUUCUCGAACGCGGCCCACGGCUGGAACGACCUCAUCGACGCUCCUAUCGACAAGGCGAUCGCUCGUACCAGCAAGCGCCCUAUCCCCCGCGGCGCUAUUACGCCCCGCGCCGCCUUCGUCUUCACCAUCACGCAGGCCGUGGGCGCUGCGCUCUUUCUUCUCCUGAUGCCCAGCGGGACCGCCGUCUACGCCGUGCCCAACAUCAUCGGCACCGCGUACUACCCCUGGGCCAAGCGCCACACCAACUUCGCGCAGCUGGUGCUAGGCUUCUGCCUAGCCUACGGCAUCGUCAUGGGGUCGUGCACUAUGGGGCUGAAGCCCUUCACCGGCGGGCCGUUUGGGGCCACGGAUAAGGUGUGGGUUGAGCCGUCGAUCGCGAGCCUGCUGCUGGCUUCGGUGCUCUGGACCGUCAUCUACGACACUAUCUAUGCGCACCAGGACGUCAAAGACGAUAUCAAGGUUGGGCUGAAGAGCAUUGCCGUUCUUUUCCGCGACUGGACGAAGCCCCUGCUGUGGCUGCUGCUCGCCUGCAUGGUCUCUCUCCUAUACUUGUGCGGCACUCUCCUCAAUAUGCGUACUCCAUUCUACGCCAUCGCCGGCGGCGGCUCCCUCCUCUCACUCGGCGCCAUGAUCGCCAACGUCGAGCUUAAGGACUCGGCGAGCUGCUGGUGGUGGUUCCGGUACGGCUUCUGGCUGGCGGGCGGCGCGAUUGCGGGAGGGUUGCUCUCCCAAUACGUGCUUAUGUGGCCGGCCUUCUAGAUAUCACGGCCUAC